AUGUCAAACAACAAUAAUAAUUCAGAAUGCAAGUGCUCUAAAUACUUUUCUAAUAGCAUGAGAUUUGUUUUGGUGUCUACUCAAACACUCAGAAGACAUGCACAACAGGAUACUGUGAGACAAUAUCAGUCAGAAUCUUCUUCCUCAGUUGUAGAAGUAAUGUCGAAUAACAAUGACAUAGAGAUUGACUUUGAAGACAAUAUUGAUACCGAAGAUUAA